AAUUGCUUGCUCUAAACUUACUUAACAAAUCGUUGUCUGAAUACUGUCAGAAAACUCCACCAAAUAUUCUUAAACCUGAGAAUGGAGAACCUUGCUGUGCUUUUUUCUCUGGUGAUGGUAACUGGUACCGUGCUUUGGUGCAACAUACUACUUCAGAUGGAACUGUUGAAGUAUGCUUUGUGGACUAUGGAAAUGUUGAGGAAGUACCACUGGAUAAAAUACGGCAGAUCUCAUCCUCAUUCCUAAAGCUUCCGUUUCAAGGAAUUAAAUGCUGGCUCUCAGGUAUAAAGCCUGGUAAUAGUAAAUGGAUUCCAGAAGCUACAGCGAGAUUUUGUAUGUACACUGCAGGGAUAAAGCUUCAAGCCAGAGUAACUUCUAUUUCCAGAGAUGGGGCAGGUGUAGAGCUUAUUGACAAUUCCACAGGUCACCCAAGAGUGAUCAAUGAGAUAUUAACUUCUGAGAAAUUGGCUGUAAAGGAAGUUCUACAAGAGAAAAAUAACUUUCCAAACAAGUCUGUGGACAAAAAAGAAAUCUCACUUAGGCACUGGAAGUCAAUUGAAUUGGCUAUAGAUGAAACCAUACCUGUCUGUGUAACUGAAGUUGUAAGCCCGGACUUGUUCUAUGCUGUACCAGUUCAAAGUAAAGAUCAAGAGAAGCUACAUAGGCAGUUGAUUGAACUAGAACGCUAUUGUAAAUCUUGUAAGAACCAACCCUUCAAACCAAAACUGGGUGAAGCCUGUUGUGCCAGGUUUUCAGGUGAUGGCCGUUGGUACAGAGCUCUUGUUGUAAAAGCUUCUCAGUCUGUAGUGAAAGUACUAUAUGCGGACUAUGGGAACACAGAAACUUUACCACUUUCAAAGGUGCUGCCCAUCACUGAUUCCUACUUGAAGCUGCCUUUUCAGACAAUUGUAUGUUCACUUGCAGGAAUAGAGAAAGCUGAAUGGUCUCCGUUAUUAGUUGACAAGUUGAAAGAAAUGUUAUUGAAUAAAUGUGUCACAAUUACAGUGAAAGGGAUUAAUGGAGAUGUUAACUUAGUAACAGUGGAAAAACUCUGUGAAAAUGGUAGUCUGAAUAUAGCUGACAAACUGGUAAUGGAAGGCUUGGUCAAAUCCUGCAGUGCUGAAAACUUACGUACUGAACAUCAAGGCAAUGGAGGUGAGACCAAAUGCUGCUGCACAGAAUUAAAAAUGCAAGUAAGAUUCAUCCCAAACAAUACACGCUUUUUUAGUGUUUCCAGAAUUUCAAAGAAACUCUGUAUGGGAAGCAAAUGGGAGUAG